AUGACAGCCAAGUCUGAGGUUACGCUCUCCAGACCGUCCGAAUGGGCUUCCUGGUACGACGAUUUCGUCUCAAGGGCUGAGACUUCCAAGGUCUUUGGCUUUGUCGAUAUCGACAAGGAUGCUCCGAUCCUGGAGGAACCAAAGGAGCCUAUGACUUCCGAGGAAAUGCUUGAGUCACUCAACAAGUCUGCCUUUAACGCUUGGGCACGCGCAUACCAGCAGAACGCUGCAUCUGCCGGACCAAGACCAGACCCGGCCACUGACCUCAACGAUGCCAAGUUAGAAGGCGAACGACACAAGAUCGCCGAGCUUGAAGGACAGUCUGCCCUCAAUGACUUUCUCACAGCGACUUCUGCCUUUGAUGCGACAUGGGCAAGCCAGCAGAAGGUCCACAUCAUGAACAGCAAAAAGUUCGGCCUCAAGAUUGAUGUCACACUACGCGCAUUGGGCGAACUGUUCCACGAGCAGGUCCGAAGCACCAGAAUGAGCAGCAAGCUGUCUGACAGCGUGUUUGCCGCCUCUGAUGCAGCUCAAAGCCACUGUCCAUGCGGAGUGCCGUCGUCUAAGCACCGAUGGAAGUCCCUUGACUGCGCUGCUGUACAAAUUGCAAUCAAUGGCGAGUCCAAGGAUGGACGACAAGUCAAGUCCAGCCGCGUCAAGACCUGCAAGGAAGCUCUCAAGCAAGCCAAGUGGAAGAGUCUUGUAGACACGGUCAAGGCCUCGGCAGCCACUGCCAAGACAGAUCAAGCAGGAGAUAAAGGAAACCCACGCAAACAUGGCGACUUUGCCGGACUGACAAUCGAUGCAAAAGGCCUCACAAGUGGAACCACCGACUCGGUCUUUUCAGCUCUACGCGAGAAGCAUCCUCUUUACAAUUCGACGAUCUAUGACGGUGGAGCAACUACCCAUAUCGUCAAUGACAAGAGUCUGCUGACCGACAUCCGCGAAGCUGAGGAAACCGACUACGUUAUGAUCGGAGAAGGUUCCUUGAAGGUCGAAGCACGGGGCACUCGAAGGGUGGAAAAUGUUCUGGAUGGCGAAAACGGAAGAAACACACGCGCCCUUGUUCUUCUCGACGUUGCGCAUGUGCCACGAUUCCACACGAACAUUGUCAGCGCGAAGAAGCUUGCAAGGAAGGGUCUAUGGCACUGUGGGGUCGACAACACGCUUCGAAUGGGAACCUAUGACGACAAUGAUAUCCUUUGUCGGCUUACAGACCAGUACGAUCUCGACGUAGUCGAAUACAAGCCAGUUUCCCGCUCUUACUUCAAGCUUCCACAAUCACUGAUCUCCGUGUUCAACGCCUUCCAAGGCACAAAGGGCAUCCGGAUCAAGGGCCCAACCACCGUUCAGUGCACGGCCUGUGGCACCGGCAAGGCAACCGAGAUUAUCUCCCGCAGGGAAUCCCCGAACAAAUCAAGGCAACCGUUCUUUCGGGUCUUUAUCGACAUUUACCAGAUCGCGGGCACGCCGUAG